UCUGCUUAUAGGAUUUGUUCUUAUUAAUACCUGGUUGAUUUUGCUGGUUUCAGGGCGGCCUUACGGCCACAGAUGUUUUUGCUGUUGAGUGGAUUGAAACUGGUGUUAUUCACUUUGGGAUGACUGUCUCGUACUUCGGUUUUGUUAGUGAUGUGUUGGAACUUUCUGAGAAAUAUCAGAAGCGCUUUGGUCCUCUGCGUUAUUUUGUUGCUGGUUUUCUCAAAUUCUUAUGCUUGCCGAAGUACAAUUUUGAAGUGGAAUAUCUUCCAGCAUCAAAAGAGGCAACUGAUCGCGAGGGAAAAGUCUCAGGUGACCGUGAAAUAGUUGACCUGUCAGACCUGUAUACAGACAUUAUGAGGAGAUCAAAUACUGAUGGCAUUCCUAGGGCCUCUAGCCUAUCAAGUAUUGAUUCAAUAAUGACCCCAAGUCGAGUUUCUGGAGGGGAGUUAGAUACAACCUGUAGUAGCACCCAUGCCAGCACUGAGCCAUCAGAGUAUGUGCGUGGCCUAGACCCAAAAUCUAAACGUCUAUCAUCUGCAAGGAGCAAUGCAACGGCAGAACCAGAAGUCAUACAUCCUCAGCUACCACUUUCAGCAACUCCUAACUGGCCAAGGACUAGAUCGAAGUCAAAAACAGAUAAAGGAUGGACUGGAUUGACAGCCACACAUGAUGCUACUAGAUGUUCUUGGGGAAAUACAGCUACAAAUGACAAAGAGGAUAUUUCAUCAACAAUGUCAGAUCCCGGUCCAAUUUGGGAUGCUGAACCAAAGUGGGAUGCGGAGCCUAACUGGGAUGUUGAAAAUCCUAUUGAAUUGCCAGGUCCAUCAGCAGAUGAUGUUGCAGCUGGAGUCAGGAGGGAAGUUGUGCCUAGCCUGCAAGAUAAUUGGGUCGUUACAAAAGGUCAAUUUCUUGGUGUCCUGGUCUGCAACCAUUCAUGCAAAACUGUUCAAAGUUUGACCCAGGUGGUGGCUCCAAAAGCAGAGCAUGAUGAUAACACCUUGGAUUUAUUGUUGGUCCAUGGAAGUGGUAGGCUGAGGCUGUUGAGGUUUUUCCUGCUUCUGCAAUUGGGUCGGCAUCUUAAAUUGCCGUAUGUUGAUUAUGUCAAGGUGAAGUCAGUGAAGAUCAAGCCUGGAAAGCACACACAGAAUGGGUGUGGCAUUGAUGGAGAACUUUUCGCUGUCAAUGGGCAAGUCAUGUCUUCUUUACUUCCUGAACAAUGCAGGCUUAUUGGUCGAGCCCCAACCAAUAACAAAUGAAAGCUGUACUUGUCCUUCUGGAAUUCGUUUUGUUUUUGUUUUUGUUUUUGUUUUUGUGGGUUCCAUGGACGUUAUGUACACUCGCUCUUAUUUCACUUUUGAUGGUCGAAUGAAAGGGGAGCAUUCACUCAUUCAUGUACUGAAGAGAAUAACUGUCUUCCAUCUUAUUUUAAUCUCUCACCAUAGCAUCCUUGCAUGCUUAAUUGAGGCCGCGGUCGAGGUCUCUGUCUGUCCCUGUCCCUGUAAAUUUUUGGUCGAACUCAAUUUUUUUCUUGCUAUCAUGUAUUUGGUUUCUUUUCUUUUUCCCCUCCCCUUCUCGUUUUCUUCCUUCUCUCGGUGUCUUUUGUUAUUUCUCAAUAAUAUAUUAUCUUUCUCCCACAUUUGGUGCUGUAUGCAAGUAGUCUGCUAUUUUUUAUUAAUAUUUUUUUUUCUUUCUUCCUCUUGUCACAUUUGAAUUACUGUAGACGUAUUGUAUCCUAAAGCAUUUGGUUUUGGAUCACUAUUAUUA